AACUACGUUAACUUCAACUGACCAAAAUACAAUCCUACCUAAUGCGUGGUUAAAUUCUAACCUCGUUGCCGCAAAUCAUUUUUAUUUUAUUGUUAGAAUAUUGUCUUAAAUUGUACAAAAACACAAUGCACGGAUUUUCAGUUAUGAUCAGAGGCUCCAUAAGACAUUGGAGAAAGUUUCAUAAGAGCGUGACUGCUUUUCAGUCACCCGAGCCCGAAGCUCCUAUAGAAAAACUAACAAUUCCGCCUCCAAGCGGGACAGACUCACCUGUGUCUCCUAAAAUCGAUAAAUUAGCUACCGAGAUAGCUCAUUUGAAUUUGAUUGAAGUAUCAGAGCUUAGUAGCCUCUUGAAAAAACGGUUAAAUCUUCCUGAUGCUCCAGCAUUUCCUGCUGGAGGAUUCGUAGCUGCUGCUGCUCCGGUAGAAGAAGAAGAAGUUGAACCUCAGAAAGUUAAAACUAUCUUUACGGUUAAAUUAAUGAAAUUUGAUGAAAAGCAAAAAGUUGCUUUAAUUAAGGAAGUUAAAAACCUAUUGGAAGGUAUGAAUCUUGUACAAGCUAAGAAGUUUGUAGAGGGAGCACCAACCGUGGUAAAAGCAGAUAUUCCAAAGGAAGAGGCCGACAAACUUAAGGAAGUCUUGGAAAAAGUUGGGGCUACUAUUGAAAUAGAGUAGAACGUUUGAAACCCAUUUACUGAUAAUAAUAAUUUGUUAGAAUUAAUAAUAAACAUUUGAACAAAC